AUGGCGCCACCGGCCCCCACCAUCCUCACUCUCAAGCAAAACUUCAUCACCACCCAGACGCGUCUCCUCUCACAGCCCCUCCAGCCCAGCCGUGCCUGGCGGCGCGCAAACGAGGACGCAGCCGCCGUGUCGGAGAAGGCCGUCGACGACGCGCUCUUCCGCCUGAACCACACCCUGCAGCAGCACUCGCGGCGCGUCUACGCGACCCAGGCGACGCGCCAGGUCGCCGAGCAGGUCGACAAGCUGUACCUGGGCGCCGGGGAACGCCACGCCGCCACCGCCGAUGAUGAUGACGGUGACGGGGACGAGGACGACGACGACAGGUGGAGGAACGUUGGCGCCGACUACGCCGACGCGGGCGUCAUCUCGUCGCUGCCCCCGGCCUGGGAGUCCGAGAGGCAGGCGGCGGCGUUCCCGCUCGAGGCGGAGCGCUACGCCGAGCUCGCGGGCCGGCUGCGGGGCCUGGCGGCGCGGAGGGACGAGGCCCGGGCGCGCGUGGAGCGGCUGCGCCGUAUGAGGGCCCUGCUCGCCCCGUUCAGCGGCAGCGGCAGCACCGACGGCGCGGGCGAUGACGAGGGGUCUUCGUUCGCCCCGCUGGGUGGCGUCCAGGAGAACCUCGUCACACGCGACGGCGAGGUGGAGAAGGAGCUCGAGCGCAUGCGUAUGCUGCUCGUGCGCGUCGGGGACAAGGUCGCGAGGUUGAAGGAGAAGGAGGCCGGGCGGGACGAUGACGACAGCGACUUAUUUGGCGAUGGUGACGCUAUGAUUGUGGAUGAUGUUGAGGUUGAGGAGAGGAGGAAAGUGGAUGGGCUAUUGGACGGUCUGGGUUAA